AGUCUCGCUUUGUCACCCUGGCUGGAGCACAGUGGCGUGAUCAUAGUUCACUGCAGCCUCGACCUCCUGGGCUCAGGUGAUCCUCCUACCUCAGCCUCCUGAGUGGUUAGGACUCUAGGCAGGCAUGAGACCACUCUUUAGGGAAAAAGCAAAGUCGUGGGUAUGGAACUGUGAAUAUCAUGCCCUUCAUUUAGCACAGCAUGCCAGUGAACAGGAUGGCACAACACAGAUCUUGAUCUCAUGCAGGGAGUUCAUGGUGCUAUCCUGGGCUCCUCCCUGCAUGUCGUUAAUGUUAUCUGGAAGACAGAGCCAGCAGCUGUGCAUGAAGGGAUAUGCCCAUAUGAACAGAGUUGCUGGAGGCAGUAGCUUCACAGGUGAAUCACAGACAGGGCAAGAUUGGAAACAUGGCCAAACAUGAGGACAGCAAAAAGUCUGGAACCAGAACUGCUGACUUCACAUUGUUAAAUAUGAAGAAGAGAAGCUGGAAAAAUCAGCAUCAGUCAAAAUGAUCCAUGUCAAAUCUGAUUCCGGUCAGUACAGUGUUGGGAUGGGGUGUCUGUUCUCAGUAGCAGCCCGUUUACCACUUUUCUCUUGAACUGGCCACAAGCCUCCUACUUAAUUUGACGUGAUAUGCCUGGAAAAUGUACACAUAUGUUUGGUAUAAUGUAGCCACAGGGGCCAAUCACGAUUUUUAUUUUCAUGGCGUGCAUCAAAUUUUUACUAUAGUAAAUCCACAAGUAAACGAACAUCUUACUCGGUAAGACUGAUGGCACUCAGAAACCCUCUUCAGUGACAUUCUGAUGGAUACCAUUUUGGGGGAACUUGGGUUGAUUUAUUGUUUUAUUUAAAUCUCAGGGUGUUGGGCUAGGCACGGUGGCUCACACCUAUAAUCCCAGCAUUUUGAGAGGCCGAGACAGGAGGACUGCUUGAGCCCAGGAGUUUGAGACCAGCCUGGGCAACACAGGGAGACCCUGUCUCCUUAAAAAAAAAAAAAAAAAAUAGAAAUCUCAAGGUAUUUAUUUUGCUAUAUAUGUUUCUGGUUGCAGAUUUCUCUAUAAUAAGCUAGUCAUUAGACCUCCAGUUGUUAGUGUUUGUGCUACUUUUUUAUCAAACUCUUUGGAGCUGUCACUCGUCAGUACUACAGGUUAAGUGUCCCUUAUCAGAAAAUCCAAAAUGCUGGAAAAUCCAAAACUUUUUGAAUGCCAACACGAUGCUCAGAGGAAGUACUCAUUGGCGCAUUCAGAUUUUGGAUUUCAGAUUUUUGGAUUUGGGAUGUUUAACCAGUAUAAUGCAAAUAUUAAAAAAAAAAAAAUCUGAAAUCCAAAACACUUCUGGUCCCAAGCAUUUCAGAUAAGGGUUACUCAAGCUGAAGCAACUUUACCUCCUACCUUUGUAUUUUAGGAAGGCAGACCUGCCUUUAUGAUAUAGGACUCCCAACUCUUGUCCACUGAUGUGUGGCCACUUAUGGCUUCGGUAUUAAAAAGCCUCUAGGUAUUGGCUUGAGGGAAGGCCAGAGGUAAAGACAAGAAGCCUUCGAUCCUGAAUCCAUAAAAUUAAAAGUCUUUCUAGUUCUCCUUUAAGCCCUGAGCACUUUGGAGAGCAGAAUAUUGGAAUUUGGUUGUUUUCUCUACCCAGAGUAACUAUGGACUAUAAGAUGGUUAUAAGUCUAGCCUGGCACAGUGGGGUGUGCCUGUAGUCCCAGCUACUUGGGAGGCUGAGGCAGGAGGAUUUCUUGAGCCCUGGAGUCCAAGGCCCAAGGCCAGCCUGGGCAAUAUAGCAGGACUCCAUCUCAAAAAAAGAUGAUUUUAAGUCAAAAUAAUGACUUGUAAAAUAGAGCCUGCUAAUAACAAACAUGCAAAAAUCACAUACACCUAAAUGAACGUUGUAUUUUAAAGCAAGCUUGUCCAACCCAUGGCCCAACACAGAAUCAUACACCUUUUUAAAACAUGAGAUUUUUUUGAGAUUUUCUUUUUUUAGCUCAUCAGCUAUUGUUAAUGUAUUUUGUGUGUGGCCCAAGAUAAUUCUUCUUCCAAUGUGGUCCAGGGAAGCCAAAAGAUUGGACACCCCUGUGUCAGUAGUCUUUCUUGGUCUCACAUCUUUUUCUGCACCUGCUUCCCUCUUUGUUUUCCAUUGCUUCACUCAACUUAGCUGUACCCUCUGCGUUUGUUCUUUGGAGGGGCACUGGGACCGGGCUGGGGAAGGGAUCUCGUCCUUCUGAGCUUUCCUGCUGUGCAUUCACGUGCUGCUGGCUGGUGAGCAGCCUCCAUACAUGCAGUUGGGGAGGAGAUGCCUUCAAGAGAAGCACACCCGUACUACACUUGGAAAUAAGGCUGUGUGAUAGAUCUCUUGCUCUUCACAGGUGGGUCUCUUUGUGGACUUUUUUGUGCGACUCUUCACCCAACUCAAGUUCGGAGUGGUACAGACGUCGGUGGAGGAGUGUAGCCAGAAAGGCUGCCUCGCUCUGUCUCUCCUUGAACUCCUGGGUUUUAACCUCACCUUUGUCUUCCUGGCAAGCCUCCUUGUUCUCAUUGAGGUUGUUGAGGGUAAACCAGAGAACCAAUGGAUUUUGAGUUAUGGGUGUGCCUGCUCUACUCCAUCAGCCCGUGGCAGCAGGUUCUGGGAUACCCGAAGUCAAAUGCUAUCUGAAUGGUGUGAAGGUGCCAGGAAUCGUCCGUCUCCGGACCCUGCUCUGCAAGGUCCUUGGAGUGCUGUUCAGUGUGGCUGGAGGGCUCUUUGUGGGGAAGGAAGGACCCAUGAUCCACAGUGGUUCAGUGGUGGGAGCUGGCCUCCCUCAGUUUCAGAGCAUCUCCUUACGGAAGAUCCAGUUUAACUUCCCCUAUUUCCGAAGCGACAGAGACAAGAGAGACUUUGUAUCAGCAGGAGCGGCUGCUGGAGUUGCUGCAGCUUUCGGGGCCCCAAUCGGGGGUACCUUGUUCAGUCUAGAGGAGGGUUCGUCCUUCUGGAACCAAGGGCUCACAUGGAAAGUGCUCUUUUGUUCCAUGUCUGCCACCUUCACCCUCAACUUCUUCCGUUCUGGGAUUCAGUUUGGAAGCUGGGGUUCCUUCCAGCUCCCUGGAUUGCUGAACUUUGGCGAGUUUAAGUGCUCUGACUCUGAUAAAAAAUGUCAUCUCUGGACAGCUAUGGAUUUGGGUUUCUUCGUCGUGAUGGGGGUCAUUGGGGGCCUCCUGGGAGCCACAUUCAACUGUCUGAACAAGAGGCUUGCAAAGUACCGUAUGCGAAACGUGCACCCGAAACCUAAGCUCGUCAGAGUCUUAGAGAGCCUCCUGGUGUCUCUGGUAACCACCGUGGUGGUGUUUGUGGCCUCGAUGGUGUUGGGAGAAUGCCGACAGAUGUCCUCUUCGAGUCAAAUCGGUAAUGACUCAUUCCAGCUCCAGGUCAUAGAAGAUGUGAAUUCAAGUAUCAAGACAUUUUUUUGUCCCAAUGAUACCUACAAUGACAUGGCCACACUCUUCUUCAACCCUCAGGAGUCUGCCAUCCUCCAGCUCUUCCACCAGGACGGCACUUUCAGCCCCGUCACUCUGGCCUUGUUCUUCAUUCUCUAUUUCUUGCUUGCAUGUUGGACUUACGGCGUUUCUGUUCCAAGUGGCCUUUUUGUGCCUUCUCUACUGUGUGGAGCUGCUUUUGGACGUUUAGUUGCCAAUGUCCUAAAAAGCUACAUUGGAUUGGGCCACAUCUAUUCAGGGACCUUUGCCCUGAUUGGUGCAGCGGCUUUCUUGGGCGGGGUUGUCCGCAUGACCAUCAGCCUCACUGUCAUCCUGAUCGAGUCCACGAACAAGAUCACCUACGGGCUUCCCAUCAUGGUCACGCUGAUGGUGGCCAAAUGGACAGGGGACUUUUUCAAUAAGGGCAUUUAUGAUAUCCACGUGGGCCUGCGAGGCGUGCCGCUUCUGGAAUGGGAGACAGAGGUGGAAAUGGACAAGCUGAGAGCCAGCGACAUCAUGGAGCCCAACCUGACCUACGUCUACCCGCACACCCGCAUCCAGUCUCUGGUGAGCAUCCUGCGCACCACAGUCCACCACGCCUUCCCGGUGGUCACAGAGAACCGCGGCAACGAGAAGGAGUUCAUGAAGGGCAACCAGCUCAUCAGCAACAAUAUCAAGUUCAAGAAAUCCAGCAUCCUUACCCGGGCCGGUGAGCAGCGCAAACGGAGCCAGUCCAUGAAGUCCUACCCCUCCAGCGAGCUGCGGAACAUGUGUGAUGAGCACAUUGCCUCUGAGGAGCCGGCUGAGAAGGAGGACCUGCUGCAGCAGAUGUUGGAGAGGAGAUACACUCCCUACCCCAACCUAUACCCUGACCAGUCCCCGAGUGAAGACUGGACCAUGGAGGAGCGCUUCCGCCCUCUGACCUUCCACGGCCUGAUCCUUCGGUCGCAGCUUGUCACCCUGCUUGUCCGAGGAGUUUGUUACUCUGAAAGCCAGUCGAGCGCCAGCCAGCCGCGCCUCUCCUAUGCCGAGAUGGCCGAGGACUACCCGCGGUACCCCGACAUCCAUGACCUGGACCUGACGCUGCUCAACCCGCGCAUGAUCGUGGAUGUCACCCCAUACAUGAACCCUUCGCCUUUCACCGUCUCGCCCAACACCCACGUCUCCCAAGUCUUCAACCUGUUCAGAACGAUGGGCCUGCGCCACCUGCCCGUGGUGAAUGCCGUGGGAGAGAUCGUCGGGAUCGUCACACGGCACAACCUGACUUCUGAAUUUCUGCAGGCCCGGCUGAGGCAGCACUACCAGACCAUCUGACGGCCCAGCCCACCCUCUCCCGGGGCUGCCUGGGGAGGCAGCUUAUGCUCGCUCCGGCUGGCACAGUUGGCUGGGGCUGUUCCGGGGCAUGGAAGAUUCCCAGUCACCCAUUCAGAAAGCCUGGAGUCAUCGGACACCUUGCUGGUCAGAGGUCCUGGGGGUGGUUUUGAACCGUCAGAGCUUGGACUUAGAUUCUGACUUCCCCAGCAAGGAUCUUCCCACUUCCUGCUCCCCGUGUUCCCACCCUCCAGUGUUGGCACAGGCCAACCCCUGGCCCCACCAGAGCCAGAAGCAGAGGUGGAAUCAGGCGGGCCCCGGGCUGCACUCCGAGCCGUGUUCCUGGCCGUCUCCGCUACUUUCCUAGAGAACCCGGCUGUUGCCUUAAAUGUGUGAGAGGGACUUGGCCAAGGCAAAAGCUGGGGAGACGCCAGUGACAACAUUCAGUUCAUGACUAGAUUUAGGAAUUGGGCACUGAGAAAAUUCUCCAUAUUUCAGAGAGGCCUUCCCUUGCUUGGGACUCCGAACACGGGCUCCUCGCUGGUUUGUUCUAAGGGAAACACUGCGCUCCUGGGUGUGAGCCGCGGCUCUGGCCCUGCCCCUGUGGUUUGACUCUCCUUACAACCACCACCCACCAGAAACACACAGCAUUAAAAUCACACUAAUAACCCCCGAUGGUCAAUCUGAUAAUAGGAUCAGAUUCACAUCUACCCUAGUUCUUAACAUUUCAGCUUUCUGUCCGUCUGCAGGUUAUUCCCAGCCUCCCAGUAACACGUUGCUACCCAGACCCUUUUCAUGUCCUUACGUUUUGAUCUCCGUCUUCCUGCUGAAGCAGGCAGAGCUCAGAGGAUCUUGGCAUCAUCCACCAAAGCUAGCUGAAAGCAGGGCACUCCUAGGUAAAGCAGCUUCACUGAACUCUGGGGAAUGGUACCAUUUUUUCCCAAGGUAGAAAGGAAGCACUUCUGAGCCAGUGACCACUGAAAGGUGCGUGCUGUGAUAAAGCAGAGGCCUAUUCGAGGAAGAGGGUGUCUGCCCUUCACAAGCACCUCUCUCUCCCCUGCACUCGCCGUCCCAGGCUUACAUACAGAGGCCCUUCAGGAGGGCCUCCCGCGCCACGGGGAGGGUGCGUGGGGAGGAUGCUUCCUGCCAGCACAUGGCUGAGGGUUUCGCGUGAAGCGUGGGAACCACCCCAUCGUCCAGUGACAUCAUUCUUCUCCAGGCCGGCUGGCGCCCUCUGACUAGGCACCCAAAGUGAGCAUCUGGGCAUCGGGUAUUUGCACUUAUCUUCCCCCACCUUCUCCGUGGCAUCUCAGUUCCAGCAGACAUCCCUGGGGCAGGCGUGCUUUGGCUCGAGAUGGCCUUCAUUUACGUUUAGCUUUUUUCAAAACUGUGGAGGUUGCCCACGGGCCUCGGCACCCGGCCCCGGCAGCACAGCUCUCUCAGGCCCAGCCCUGGGUGACCUCCUUGGCCAAGGCUGCCUUUCACCCUGGGGUGGGCAUUAGUCCUGGCUCUGCCGGUCCAGAUCUUGCACUCAGCACACUCUAGGGAGUAAUUCCACUCCAGAGACAGGGCUGCUUCGAGGUCUUUUCCAGCUGACUGUGGCCCCUCCAUUUUCCCCAUUUUCUUACCACUCUGACCAAAAUUGCUUUGACUUCUGAAUGUUUCUGCUUCCCAGAAUGCACCCGGCUUGUGAAACGGGGAUGAUACUCCCAGGAAAUAGUGCAGGACAUCACAAGGACCCAAAAGGCAAUUCUUACUUAAAUGUGACUCUUUGGCCAGCUGCUGCUGUGUUUUAUGGCAGUGUUCAGAGCUUGAUCACGUUAUUUCUUCCUUUUAUUAAGAAGGAAGCCAAUUGUCCAAAUCAGGAGAAUGGUGUGAUCACCUGUCACAAUGCUUCAUCCCUUCUCCCGGCCCCUUCCCGGAGCUGGCAGAACUAACGCCCUGCAGGAGAACCCCGGCCUCUGGAGGGCUGGAUCAGCAGCCGCCUGCCUCGAGGCUGCCCUGGUGAAUGUUGCUGGAAUUCAUCCCUCGUGCACAUCCUGUUGUGUUUAAGUCACCAGAUAUUUUGUUCCCAUCAGUUUAGCCCAGAGAUAGACAGUAGAAUGCGAAUACCUCCCUCCCGUAAACUGACUGGACGGCUGCCAAGGAGGCCCCAAACCCAGCCCCGUGCGGAGGCACGUGGUUUCCUGUUCUCUCUGCAUCUGCCCUUUCCAGAUAAGCCCAAAGACAACAACUAACUUCUCCACUCGUGACAAAUCAACUGUGAGCCUCACUCCUUCCAUUUCUGUCCAUUAGAAACCAGCCUUUUCAGCACCUCACCCAUUAGCCGCCCCACCGCCCAGCCAUCAGGCGCCUCAGUAAGGAGAUCCGCGGAUGGGGAGCCUGCGGGUGGCCAGAGGCGGUGUUUGUGUUUCGUCUCCAGCUCCGUGUUCCAUGGCUCCUAGGCGAGGUGAUCAGGGAGUGGGGCCAGUGGGUCCCCGGCCCUGGCUGUGGGACCUUGUGCUGAGGGAUGAUUUGCUGCUGACCUUGAUUAACUUAACAGUUCCCAACUGGAAGGGACACUUUCUGGACCCAGUCCACUGUAUGGCAUUUGUGAUGCAGAAUUAAGCACUGACAUGACCCUGGGUGACAGGAAAGCCUUUCGAGAGGCCCAAGGUGGCCUCGCCAGCCCUGCAGUAUUGAUGUGCUGUAUUGCCCCACGGCUCUGCAGACCUUGGCCAUUGCCGCAGUCAGCUUCCUUUUUUCUGUUUGCACUGUUUGUAUGAUGUUAGCUAAUUCCACUGUGUAUAUAAAUUGUAUUUUUUUUAAUUUGUAAAAUGCUAUUUUUAUUUGAACCUUUGGAACUUGGGAGUUCUCAUUGUAACCCUAACAUGUCAGAAUAAAAUGUCUUCUGUCUC